UGUGUGUGUGUGGCUCGCUCUCUGAUAGGCCUGGUGCAUGGCUGUGUGUUGUCACGUAGGGGUGUUACCCAGGCGACACUUGGCCAUGUUAGUUCAGUUGCUCCCCUGUUCUCUGACAGAUGCAGAAAGGGAAAAGAAAGCAGUUUUGCCGACCCUCAGCUAACACUCGAAACAUCACAUCACAAAUACACAACCUCUCAAGAUGACCCCAUUGGCACUGGUAUGGACAACGGUGUGUUUGUGGACAACAGGUAAGGACCCCAAUAUUCUCUCUACCUACGGUCAACAAGUUAUUUUCUGUUGAGGCCUCAGGAACAGCGUUAGGCCUACUUUGACAACUAGUGAGAGUCAGAAUGUGAAGUGUAUGUGCUGUUGUUAUUUGCUUAUCAUUCCAUUUAGGUAAAGGUUGUUAUUUCUAUCUAGUCUUGUGCAUUUUUGCAAAAAGGUUUCACACAAGGAAAGGUUAAGAGAGUUAGAGGAGCGUUGAUGAGGCCCCAGUGUUUUCUUUGUAUGAAGUCCUUUAAAAUAUUUCAGUGAUUAGAGUGAUAUGUUGUUUUAGUGAUGAUCGGAUAAACCUAAAGAAAAACAGUAGGCCGGAGCCAAAAUGCACAGACCCUCAAUAAUUGUCAUAUCUCCAAAACAUGACAGACAUUCAAAGACAACCAAGAGCUAUUCUUAAAUCCAACGAGAGCUCUGCAGUUAAGAUAUUUAUACAUAUUUCUGUGAUGCAUUACAUAUAAAGAAGCGAAGCGAAACAGUUCAGCAUUGUCUCGCGCAACGUUUGCUUCAUAAUGUCACCUUUAUAGAUAAGUCUCUCUUCUAACCUUUUUGUUGUGUUGCUACAUGUCAUGGUUCCAAGGUGCCAUAAUUUAACAUUUCCAUUCUUGCAAAAUGAUUGGUUUAAACAUAGUGUUUGUGUCUGUAUCCUUCCACAACCACAGGUUUUUUGCUUCAUUUUAGAUGGAGCAAUCUCAACCCUUCUUUAACUCGUUCUAUCUCGCUUGAUGUAUUUCUGGUAUAAUUUACCUGUUGUAAAUAAACAGGUUUCCACAACACUGUUGAAAGCACAAUAAUGUAUUUACAGUGAAGCACAAGCAGACAAAGUUUCAAUCCUGUACAUUUUUUGUCAGGUGAAAAUAUUGUAAGAGCAUACCAGUGUUACGGACAUCCGUCAUGUCUUCUUAUCAUUGUGAUCUCUGUCCAUGUCCAGCAUGCACAAAUGACAAUAGGACCUUAUUCCAUCAAUAUUGUUUAUGUCUUCUUUGAUGUGGCGACAGUUUGUCCAUCCAAACUAAACCCCCAUUCACUUCACCUUUCCCAGUGUACAGCCUGAUACCAACCGAGUCCGACUUCGUCCGCUACCCCCCGAUCAACGAUACAGAGGUCCUCACCUGUGAGUGUUCAAGCCGCUCCUGCCAGACGGUCUUUUGGUUCCGCACUUUCCACAACAACUCCGGCUUCCAGUUCCUUCUUAGCCUCAACAAUGCUGACCGGACCAGCCACGGACCCAAUCUGGAUAAACACCGGUUCAAGGCCAGUAAGCGUGACAGGGGGAUUUUCACACUGCGCAUCAUUAAGAUAAGGGCAGAGGACGCAGGGUUGUACUCUUGUAUGCUCCAGAACCAGAAAGAGAACGAGCUGUGGAGGCCAGGAGUUCUUCUCAGACCUGGAGGUGAGAGGAAGCCAUUACCCUGCACGGCACUGACACUUCCCAUUUUUCCUAUGACUGAUUAGAGAUGAGAAGAUUUCCUGAUUAAACCAGAAUUCCUACAUUUCCCUCAUAGAACCAGUUACACAACUGUGUAACGCACUCACUCACAUCUGCUGUAUUAUAUUUUGAAUGGCCCGAGAACACAGCAAUUUCCGGAUUUUCCAUGUUCUUCCGAAAUAGUUGAACCUUUGAUUCAGAUUUCGCUGUGUCCCUUCACAGAGCUGGGUUGGAAUUAAUUACAAAAUGUUGUGAAGUCAGGACGUCAGUGCAGAAUUCAGCCUUGAUGUAGAAAAGAAAAGCAAUUAGAAGUUUCCCUUGCGGCAGUUGCAGAUCUUGUGUUACCAUCUUUAAGCUUCUUCAUCUGUCCAAAUCUCUCUACAUUAUGUUUUGUGUAUUUUGUCUCCCUCACAGUGUGUCUUAUAUCCAUCACGUUGUGCAUUUUUGUCACCCACCAGAGACUCGCCCAACAUUAACCCCUGUCACGAAGCCCAAGCCCCAGGGCAUCCCAAGAGGCCGCUGCACCAAAAGCAACUAUGAAACCCCAAAAGGUGAGUUUCAUAACUUUAACAAGUCUGUCUCAUAAGUUGUUUGUUGUCUGUGUAACAAGUUGAAUGUGUUACAGGUUACUUUUUGUGUAUCUAGUUAUGUUAAUACUUUACAACUGGUUGAAUGUUGUGUUGCAAGCUGCUUAAACACUGUAACAGGAUGUUGUAUUGGGUUCCAGGCUGUGGCUCCAAGGUUCUGUGGCCGUUGGUUGGAGUACUCCUGACCUUGGCUGUGGCUUUGAUCUACACACUGUACUACUUCAGCCGUGAGUGUCUUCUCUCCUUCCUUACCUGCCGAUUAAGCAAUAUAGCAGAAUCACCCAGCUCCAGUGCUGUUUGUAAUUAGAAUUGUCAAUUGUCAAAGACGCUACUCACGCAGGGCCUAAUCCUUACUUGAGAUGCACAUGCUUAACUCUCGUGUAAACUGUGUAUUGACGUCAAUGGAAUAUUUGCCGGAAAACUUGAGUUACGUGGAUAUCAAAUUAGGAAUCCAGCCCGAAUAGCCACAAACAAAUUUUAAUCUGCAACAUUUCACAUUUCACAAAGCAACGACAAUAAAAUGCAUUAUUUUGGGAGUAAGCAACAAUAUCGUAAUUGAUGCAUUCUGUGUGGGAUAUUAGUGUACCUGCUCCUCCUAUGGGGUUGAAUCGGGGAGGCUGUAAUGUAUUCAUGUUUAUGACUGUUACUAUGCUGUUGUUCUGAAUUAGUUUUGUGUGUGUGUGUUACAGGACUACCCAAAAAGUGUCGACAUCAGUUUGCCAAGUAAGUUCCAUGUGUAAACUUUGCAUCCCUGUGAUUUUAUCCUCUCCUCCUCUCCCCUUUUCUCACAACACAAUAAAAUAUAUCUCCCUGCUUCUGUAUCAAUCUCUGACUUACUCUUUGGCUCUUUGAUCUGAGCCUGUACUCAUAAAGCGUCUGAGAGUAGGAUCAGUUUUGCCUUUUAGAUCACAAUGAAUACGAUUGCAUGGGCAAGGGGGACCAGGAUCCUAGACAAGAUACUCUGAGACAUUUUGUCAAUAUGGGCCCUGGUCACGCUUCUAAUCUCUAAUUUUCUGUGAUCGAUCUGACUUUCUCUAUAAUUGACACAAUAUUUGUCCCUGUAUUCAUCUCUGUGUAUUUCACUCUCUUUGACUGUUUGUAUCUGCCUCACAGGAAAAGACCAUUGAAGUAAGUCAGAGAGCCCACACUGCAGACUCUGAGACAGUGCUGUAUGUGUCCUUGGACCUCCUUCGAGGAAUCCAAUUGGAC